AUGCCUAUUUCCACUGGUGAAGAAGUGAAGUCCAACGAGUCGUCCAAUAAGAGACCAGAGUUUGGUCUUUCUGGACGUAAAAUCAUCUACGACAAAGAUGGAAAACCGUGCCGUACUUGUAACGAAUUAUCAGACUUUCAAUUCGUGACUGGCAAAAUAAAGAAUCCUAAAGCUGUUGCAAAGGCACAAGAAACCCCUAGUACAUCUCCCGGUGGCGAACUCAAGUACGCUAAAGAAGAUCCACCAGAUGUGGCACGAUUGGGAAAAUCAUCGUGGACCUUGCUCCAUUCAAUUGCGGCCACUUUCCCGGAAACUCCAACCACCAAACAGCAGCAAGACAUGAGACUGUUUCUAAACUUGUUUGCUGGAUUCUAUCCGUGCUGGUAUUGUGGCGAAGACUUUGUCAAGUAUAUAGACAAACAUGAACCGGAAACAAAAUCACAGGAUGAUCUAGGGAAGUGGCUCUGUGAGGCUCAUAACGAUGUUAACAAAAAGUUGGGGAAACCACAGUUUGAUUGUAAUUUUUGGAAAAAGAGAUGGAAGGAUGGUUGGGAUGAAUAG